AUGUAUGUAAAAUACAACCUCGCAACAAACAAACAUGACAUUAACCCACCCAGGUCGUUCUCACAACUUCCCACGGAUUGCUUAGUCUCAAUCCUGGACCGGCUCCCUUCACAGGCUUCCUUGGCAGUGGCCACCACAUGCAGGGAUUUACACGUAUCGGCUACGCCUUUUGCCUACCGUGACGUGUCCCUGGACUGGUCCACCCGGCCAUUGUGCCGCCUCUUGAAGUUGCUGCGGUUGAUAUUCCAAAACCCCGAAUUGACAUCUUACAUCCAGCAUGUUAGCCUUGUAUCUACCUCUGAAUCCAAGGACUGGCAAGAUACCCAACCGGACAUCGAUUGGGAAGCGGAGUCCGAGAACUUCCGUGAUGUCAUUGACCGAUCGAUGGACAUAGUCCGCCGCGCUGGACUUGACCUUGACAUAUGGAGCCUUCCCAUUCGUGGUGGAAACAUCUACUGUUAUGCGGCUAUCUUCAUCUCUCAACUCCCUAACCUCAAAAAGUUGGAUCUGGAUUAUUCGUUGGUCUGGUGGGAUGGCUUCCCAGGCCUCAUGCUGAAGCAGGCUCUCCUAUCUCCCAGUGGAGUACUCUCUACCUUCGAAUACCUUGAGGCCGUGGACUGCGGAGGCAAUGUUCCCAUCGCUGAAGAUGAAGAUGAGGAUCCGGAUAGCUAUCCCCCAUACAACCCGGAUCAGUUCAUGGCGUGGUUCUGCUUGCCGUCGUUGCGCUACCUAAAUAUCUGGUUACGGGAUAUUGAAGGCCUUGAGGAAACAGUGCCGAACCUGGAGUUGAAUAAACUGGAGACACUGAUCCUUGCACGGACCACCAUCUCAGACCAAGACGUGCAUUUCUUGCUUUCCCGAACCCCCAAUCUAAAAACGUUGCACCUGGGAAUGGCGUAUUCCUGGGGCGCUGAAGACGCGAUCGAGGAUCCUGUUACGCUAUCUGAAGCCCUGAAGUCCGUAAGCCAGACCCUGGAACAUCUCUCCCUAGGAGUCGAAUAUUACCCUUCAAACCUGGGCGACCGCUACUGGGGCAUGAGUGGCGAUCACAUCAAGGAGUCAUUCCACGACAUUCUACACUAUUUUCCCAAACUCCAGUCAGCCGAGCUGCCAUUACUAGUCCUCUUAGGUUGGUACUGGCGGCGGAAGACUGAGCUAGGACCACUUCUGCCGAAGACCUUGCGACAUCUCUGCUUGCGCGAGGACUUACGAAGCCUGGGCGACUUUGAAUGGGAACAGGAUGAGGUGAAUGACCUGAUUCAUCAGUUUCUGCGUAACUGGCGUGCGUAUACCCCGGAGUUGCAGACGAUUACUUGGCGGCUUUGGGACCAGAAUUAUAUGGAUGGAUGGGAGGACUUGCAAGACGAGUUACGCCGUGCUUGUGCGGAUGCUGGCCUCACGCUGAAUUUGAUUGUUGAUGAUCUUGGGACUGGGCUGUGGAGCCGGGAACCAGAUUCUUUGGAGGAUGCUACGCUUGGGGAAUAGUGUGCGUGAGUUCUGCAUGCGUUGGGGGAGAUGUAGUCGCUC